CAUGUAUAUAAAAAUGUCAAGCUGCUUUCAAGUUGACAAAUGACAUAAGAAAAUUUGCCUUCAUCAUUCGUUCAAUAAAUUGUUUGUAGGUCGUAGGUUUGUCGUCGAUUUGCUGUAAAUAUAUUUUUCAAAAUGUCUUCACCCCUUGAAAAUCUUGAAACUCAACUAGAAAUGUUCAUUGAAAAUGUGCGACAGAUAAGAAUCAUUGUCAGCGACUUUCAGCCGCAAGGUCAAAGUGUACUGAACCAAAAAAUCCAAUCACUUGUUACUGGACUACAAGAAAUAGAUAAACUGAGAUCGCAAGUACACGAUAUUCAUGUUCCUACAGAGGUUUUUGACUACAUUGAUCAAGGACGUAACCCACAGCUCUACACAAAAGAUUGCAUAGACAAGGCCCUAGCAAAGAAUGAAGAGGUCAAAGGAAAAAUAGAUUCUUACAAGAGAUUCAAAAGCCAUUUACAGUCUGAAUUGUCCAAAACCUUCCCCAACGAGAUAGCCAAGUAUAAAGCUAUAAGGGGAGGUGAAUAAUCUAUUAGUUUUAUUCCAAUUAUUAAUAUAAGUAAUAUGUAAUUGAGAUUUUUUUUUAAUACAGUGUGAAGCAAAUAGAUGUAAAUUUUUAUUCAAACACAUAUUUCUAAGACUAAAUGGAAUAUUAACAUUAAUAAAUUCUGUAUAAGAUCUUUGUUUCCAACAUUUUGUUCUAAAUUUAAAUUUAUUGGUGGUUAAUUGUUUAUUGAAAACAGUUGUUCUUCAUAAGUCACUCUGUAGCAUUAUAAUUAUAUUGUACAAGAACAUAAAUAUCCAUUUUAUUUAGUAAAGCUAACAUUUUCUUAGCUGGGCCAAGCCUUUUGAAUUGA